GGACCGUGCAGGCAGUCAGUGAGCGUCUCCGUCACAUGGCUGCUGGUACUCGGUGUGUGCAGCACGGAAUGUCCCCCGGUACCCGGUAUGAUGCGGUAUGUGCAGCACAGGGUACCCGCCGUCCGGCACAUCUCACAGACCCUCUACAUACUGCUCCUGCUGGGCACUUACCUGACAGGUUACACUGCUGCGGAGUGCAUAGAGCGGCAUUUCAAUGAGACAGCGACUAUACUGCAUUAUAAGAAUAUAUCACAAGUUCGUGCUACUCUGCGCUGUCACAGCCACCCUCAGGAGAAAGUGUGGCUCAGGAAUGGGAAAGUAAAGGGAACAUCUAUCAUAAAGUGUGCCGUGAACGCUGAUGAAAUAUUUCUAGAUGCAGAUACCCGCCCAGUGGGAUGCUCCCUAGACAUAGAUGUCAAUUUUGUCGAGAUUCAUGUUAACUGCACCGCAGAUGAUACAGUGAGCAUUUCAACUGUCUCUCCAAAUGUGCCUUUGCCUUUACAUACAAACUCCUCCAAAGAUGAUGUAUCCACAUGUGCGGACGAGUAUCUGUUCUUGGCAAGGCACCAGCUCACGCACAAAUCUACGCAGUGCCUGACUUGCACAGGACCUUCACAGUUUCUGCCUGGUUCCUUACUCCUGCUGUACCCUGCCAACAUACAUCCCAACCAGUUGCCUUUCAUCAGCAGAAGAAUGAUGUUCUAA